UCGGGGCUGAACGCAGCACUGUUCUGACACUUCUGUGGAGUUUUCGAAGCAAUGAGGCGUGUCACGUGAUUUAGAUGGGCGCGUAGAUGGAUCUCUUCACUCUUUCCGCUGGGGACUCUUGUGAUUAAAUAUGAUUUUUGAAGACACUUGUUGAUGCAGAAUAUGUUUUUCUCGCGUGCUUUGUUCAUUUUGCGUGUGCAAGGUUAUAGUAUUAUCAUCUUGACCCUGGUGGAAUCUCCGCAAAUCUUAUCCGGAACAUGUCCGAGAUUUACUGAGAGAGUUUCAGUGAUGGAGGGAGAUUCUGUGACUUUUUACCCGGAUUCUACUAAACUACAGGUAGAUGAUGUGAUACAGUGGAGGUUUGAAAAUGAAAAUCUAUGUAUAGCUAAAAUCAGUGAUGAGAAAACGAUAACAUGUGAUGAUGAGAGAUUCAGAGAGAGAUUUAAGCUUGAUCGUCAGACUGGAACUCUCAAAAUCAGGAAUAGCAGCACAAAAGACACUGGACAUUACGAAUUUAGAAAGACCAGAAGUGGAGACUUGGAAGCAUUCAAAUGUUUUGGUGCUACUGUCUACGGUUCUUUACCUGUUCCUGUCAUCACCAAUAUCUCUUCACAAUGUUCUUCAUCAAACCAGAAUUGUUCAUUGUUGUGUUCAGUGUUGAAUGUGGGUCAUGUGACUCUCUCCUGGUACAAAGGAAACAGUUUAUUGUCCAGCAUCAGUCUACGUAUUUGUUUUUCAGGUUCUUUACCUGUUCCUGUCAUCACCAAUAUCUCUUCACAAUGUUCUUCAUCAAACCAGAAUUGUUCACUGUUGUGUUCAGUGUUGAAUGUGGGUCAUGUGACUCUCUCCUGGUACAAAGGAAACAGUUUAUUGUCCAGCAUCAGUGUGUCUGAUCUCAGCAUCAGUCUCUCUCUACCUCUGGAGGUGGAAUAUCAGGAUAUAAACACCUACAGCUGUGUGCUCAACAAUCCCAUCAGCAACCAAACCAAACUUUUGGACAUUAGUCAACUCUGUCACACAUGUUCAGAACUCUACCAACGUUCACAUAAUGUACUGCUGCUAAUACCUAUUUUAGUGUUUUUGGUCAUGACUGCGCUAGGUGUGAUGAUCUAUUUCAUCUUCAAACGAGCAAGAUGUGGAGCAAUCUGAUGGAGCAGAAAACAUUAUGCACUCAAAUGAUGAUCUGACAAUCCAACAGACUGCAGUAGAUGUACGUACGACAGAUCUCUGAUACAGCUAUUCCAUAUGAUGCUGUGUCUCAGCACUCUAAGAUCAUGAACAAAGUAAUUAUAUAACCAAAACUUGGUAUAGCAUGAUCAUGACUUUAAUGCCAUUUGGAUAAAAACAGUGAAAAAGCUUGUGACUGCAUUGAAUUAAUGUGCAUUAAGUAUGAGAAGCAUUGAUAGAGAUAUGUUGUAUAUAGCAAGUGUUAAGCUUUUUGUUGCUGGACCCUGAUAUGUAUUUUUAUUUGCUUUUACAUAUCUAUAAUAACCAUUAUUUGGUCCUUUUUCUUUGACUGGAUGUCAAUGUUUUAUCUGUUUUAACUGAAUAAUUUAAUCACAUCCCUGAGGCCAUUACAGACCGAUAUAAGGACAAAGCCACAUUUUGUCAGGAACUAUCAUAACAUUCCUUGUGGCACUGUCAAUUCAUUUUCUUCUAUUUAAUUAUCCUGCCCAGACUUGAGAAAGAGCUGAUCCAUCUUUUCACAACAGAGCUGCCAACAAAACCAAGCACCAUCCUGUCUAGACUUGUGACUUGUCUUGGAAAGAACAAAUUAAUUUGUAUUACAGUGUUAAGACACACAGUGUGCUCAGUUUAUUUUGGACAUUUGAAAAUUAUGCUUAUAAUAUACCGUAUCAGUGUUUCUGUAUCUUCAGUGUUUUAUUACAUGGCCCUGUUCUUGGGGAACUUCCUGCUGAGAUUUUGAGCCAGUUCAUCAAUUAUGGUUCUGGUGAUUUGGCUCAAGAACCUGUAUGUUGAAUGUUGUUUGUUCAGUAAAUAAACUUGACUGUGGACACUU